AUGGCUCGUCUGUCACGACAGGAUGGAGCGUCCAAGCCCUUUGCUUGGACGACCAUCCUCUACCUGCUUUUUGUCUUCAUUGCGCCCAUGGCGCUGCUGGGCACUGCCAACGCGCAGGAUGACCAGGCGCCGCUGCAAGACAGCUACGGUACUGUCAUUGGUAUCGAUCUGGGAACCACCUACUCUUGUGUCGGUGUGAUGCAGAAUGGCAAGGUCGAGAUUCUCGCCAACGACCAAGGAAACCGUAUUACCCCCUCGUACGUCGCCUUCACCGAUGACGAGCGUCUGGUCGGUGACGCCGCGAAGAACCAAUAUGCCGCCAACCCCGAGCGUACUAUCUUUGACAUCAAGCGUCUGAUUGGUCGCAAGUACGAAGAUAAGGAUGUUCAGAAGGAUAUCAAGGGUUUCCCCUUCAAGGUCCAAAGCAAGGAUGGCAAGCCCGUGGUCAAGGUUGAGGUCAACAAGAGCCCCAAGACCCUGACUCCCGAGGAAGUCUCCGCCAUGGUUCUCGGCAAGAUGAAGGAGGUGGCCGAGGGCUACCUUGGAAAGCAGGUCACCCACGCCGUCGUGACGGUCCCGGCCUACUUCAACGACGCCCAGAGACAGGCUACCAAGGACGCCGGUACGAUUGCCGGCCUGAACAUCCUCCGUGUCGUCAACGAGCCCACUGCCGCCGCUAUCGCCUAUGGUCUGGACAAGACCGGUGACGAGCGCCAGGUCAUUGUGUACGAUCUGGGUGGUGGUACCUUCGAUGUGUCCCUUCUGUCGAUCGAUAACGGUGUCUUUGAGGUCCUGGCUACUGCCGGUGACACCCACCUGGGUGGUGAGGACUUUGACCACCGCGUCAUGGACUACUUCGUCAAGCAGUACAACAAGAAGCACGACACCGAUGUCAGGAAGGAUCUCAAGGCCAUGGGUAAGCUCAAGCGCGAGGUUGAGAAGGCCAAGCGCACUCUGUCUUCCCAGAUGUCGACCCGCAUUGAGAUCGAGUCCUUCCACAACGGCGAAGACUUCUCCGAGACCCUCACCCGCGCCAAGUUCGAGGAGCUGAACAUGGAUCUCUUCAAGAAGACCCUCAAGCCCGUCGAGCAGGUGCUCAAGGACGCCAAGGUCAAGAAGUCCGAGGUCAACGACAUCGUUCUGGUCGGUGGCUCCACCCGUAUCCCCAAGGUGCAGGCUCUCCUCGAGGAGUUCUUCAACGGCAAGAAGGCUAGCAAGGGUAUCAACCCUGAUGAGGCCGUCGCCUUCGGUGCCGCCGUCCAGGGUGCCAUCCUCUCCGGCGACGAUGAGGUCAACGAUGUCGUUCUCAUGGACGUCAACCCCUUGACUCUCGGUAUCGAAACCACUGGCGGCGUCAUGACCAAGCUCAUCCCUCGCAACACCGUCAUCCCCACCCGCAAGUCGCAGAUCUUCUCGACGGCGGCCGACAACCAGCCCACCGUCCUGAUCCAGGUUUAUGAGGGUGAACGUUCCCUGACCAAGGACAACAACCUCCUCGGCAAGUUCGAACUCACCGGCAUUCCCCCGGCCCCCCGCGGCGUGCCUCAGAUUGAGGUCUCGUUCGACCUGGAUGCCAACGGUAUCCUCAAGGUUAGCGCCAGUGACAAGGGCACGGGCAAGGCCGAGUCGAUCACCAUCACCAAUGACAAGGGCCGUCUCAGCCAGGAGGAGAUCGACCGCAUGGUUGCCGAGGCCGAGGAAUUCGCCGAGGAGGACAAGGCCAUCAAGGCCAAGAUCGAGGCUCGCAACGGACUGGAGAACUAUGCCUUCAGCCUGAAGAACCAGGUCAAUGACGAUAACGGCCUGGGUGGACAGAUCGAUGAGGACGACAAGCAGACUAUCCUGGAUGCCGUCAAGGAAGUGUCCGAGUGGCUCGAGGAGAACGCAGCCACGGCGUCGACCGAGGACUUUGAGGAGCAAAAGGAACAGCUCUCCAGCGUCGCGUACCCGAUCACCAGCAAGCUGUAUGGCUCUGCUCCGGACGAUUACGACGAUGAGGAGCCCAGCGGCCAUGAUGAACUGUAA